GUGUGUGUGUGUGUGUGUGUGUUGACCAUUUUGAAACAUUGCCAGACCCCUGCACACAGAACAACCUCUUGAUUCAGAGCUCGGAUAUUUCUGGAAACAUUGCCGUUUCUGUGUGACUGUGUGUUAAAUCAUGAGAGUAGCGCUUUCACUGAAGAAUCUGCUCGACUCACAGCCCAGUGUUUAAAGCUCUGCUAGUUUUAUUUGUGUUUGUGCAGAGCAGAAUAACACGAGGAAGCAUCUGUGUUUCUGAAUGGAUUCUGUGUUGGACUCCAUGAAGAGAAGUACAAUCAUCUACCAUGAUUCUUGAACAAGUCAUUUACUCACUAUUUGGGGGAUUUUCUCGAUGUAUUCGUUUGUGAUGUCACAUCGUGUGUGGCUUCAACUCAUUGACGAUUUGUCAUAUGAAGACGUUAAGAAAUGCUACCGAGGUUCAACUGUCAGCAAAUACAACUCGCAAUACCACAAACUCUUCUCAGCCGUUCCAAAGGAGGAGAUACUGAUGAAGGUGUAUUCUUGUGCUCUUCUACGGGACAUUUUGCUGCAAGGCAGACUUUACAUCUCUCGAAACUGGCUGUGUUUCUACGCCAACCUGUUUGGCAAAGACAUCAAGGUUGCGAUCCCGGUGGUCUCCGUGCGACUGGUGAAAAAACACAAAACGGCCGGACUGGUUCCGAACGGACUCGCCAUCACGACCGACACCAGCCAGAAGUAUGUGUUUGUAUCUCUGCUGUCGCGGGACAGUGUGUAUGACGUGCUGAGAAGAAUCUGCACACACUUGGAGGUGAACGGAAAGAAGAGUUUAAGUGUAAAGGAGUAUCUGGAGGAACCGGGAUCUCUCUCUACGGAUGAGUUUCCAGUGGCCACAGAUUUCACACCUGUAUUGAAAUGGCGCCGGAAACCGUCUACGCCCUCAGUCUCAUCACUGCCGGAUCUGUUGGGUAACUCGACGAGCAGUUUGAGCGCAGGAGACGCUCCGUAUAUGGCAGAGACGCCACUGGAGGAGAGACGACUGGAGGUGGAGAAGAUCCUGCUGACAGAACCGGAGGCAGAACUGGGUCAGAUGGAGUGUCAUCUCCUGAAGUUCUUCAUACUGCUAAUUAUUUUGCUCAUCAUUUCAUCGUGUUAUCUGGCGUUCCGGGUGUGCAGUCUCGAACAACAGCUGUCCUUCCUCAACACACAACCUGCGAUGUCUAUGAGAGAGAGGUAACCCUGGUUUAAAACUGUGCCAACACUGCAAGUGGCAUUGCCAUCCAGGAGAGCCACGUGUCUAGAUGAUAAUCCAACUCAAUUACAGGCUCAGCAGUAGUGAUGUAGUAUUUAGCUUCGACCAGCGGACUCUUCCUGCAGUGCUCCGGGAAUACUGACCGUCAACGUAGAGAAAACUAUGAAGAUUCCCAACUGGAGGAAUGUUAGCCAUAGUCGCCCGGCUUCACCUAACACACCUGCAUCAAGGAGAUAUCCAGGAUACGGGAAAACUUCGGACAGAGUUGGUCUGGAUGAUGUUGCGGCUGUUUCAUGUUACGUUCAGGGUGAUGAAACUCUUUGGAUCUCCCCUAAAACUAAAUACUGAUCAAACUAAUGUUUUUUGCAAUGUGUAAGAGACGAGAAGUUCUCGGUAGAGACUAAACGAGGAAGUAAAUGUCCAACACUCGUUUGGUCCUUUUAAUUUCAUGGUUAAUAAUCGUACAGAAUUAUACACAAAUAACUGCAGUGCAUGAAUGGAUGAAAGGUCAAAGGUCAAGUAAAGUGAAUAUGUUGAGAGUGUUUGGAGCCGGACGAAGAGACGUUCAUCGUUUGAGCGUCUCACGGAACGUCUGACAUAUAACCGGUGUUGUUCUGGAACGGUUUUGAUGUCCCGAGUGUCCGUCACAUGACAUCAGUGCUACUCGCCUGUAAUUGUAAAAACUGUCUGUUGGUUUAUUUGUGACGUAUUAAACUGCUUUGUAGGGGGCGUUCGUAGGUUGUUGCGUAUAUAUCAGUCAUGCAGAACAUGCCAGAAGAUGUCGGAGAUCAAUAUUUAAUGCUGUGAUCAAACAGGUUCUGCUGUAAGUGACAGAUUCAGGAUGUAGUUGUGAUAUUUUGUACAGUUUGAUAGGUAAUGGAGAUGUUUUGUGACUCUCUGACACAGAUGGAAAGUUCAGACUAAUAAAUACUUUC